AUGGAGCUGGCGGCGGCGCUGGCGGGCUGCGGCGUGAGUCGCAAGCAGUGUCGACAACUGCGAGGCGAACUGCGGCUGGAGGAGGACACCUUCGAGGGCCUCCACCGACACUUUCGGCACGACCAGCGCCGAGUGGAAUCGGCUCUUCGGCGGCUCCUCCCGCAGGGGGAGGAGGUCAUUCAACUGUUGGAGUCUUGCGAGGAGCGGCCGGAUUUGAUAGGCACUUGGGAGGAACCCAGCGCGCCCAGCGUGCCCGGGCGCGCGCCGAGCACCGCGGCGGCGGCGGCCGGCGCCACGGACGAGCUGCGAGAGGUCUGGGGCGCGCUGCCACGCCUGCAGCUUGGAGAAUCCAUGUCCCAGGGGCACGAGGAGCGGGGCCGCGCGCUGCGGCGGCGCCUGAAAAGCCUGGAUGCCUCGCAGCAGGCGGUGCUCAAGGCACAACAGACGCAGCUCCGCGCAGCAGGCGCUGCCGGUGCGGAGGAGUACCUCACCAAUGUCUGGAGCUUGCUGCAGACGACCGAGCGGCGCGUCGAGUGGAUGGUGGACUUGAUCGCUGCGCAGACCUCGGAACUGCAGCGCGCUUUGCGCCGCGCCCUCGAACGCCGUGCUUUGCCACCUUCCACGCUGCUGGCGUGUGAGUCCCGUGCUGUGCGUGCAAAGGGAGAACUGCUAACUUUGCCGGAGGCGUACCUCCUCCAAAGUUUGUCGUUCUGCACCUGUGCCGAGCUUUGUGCCUUGGGCGCGGCAGGAGCGCAGCUGCAACGGCUUUGUGAGGAAGAUGUGCUGUGGUGCUUGCAUUGGGCAAAAUGGCGGUUGCCAGGACAGGUGCCCAACAGCGAGGUCCGGAAACAUUUCCUGAUGAUGCUCGCCACUCAAUGUGUCGAAUGUGGUGCUUUGACGGACUUCGAACAUGCCAUCCUGGGCUGCCGCCUCUGUGAGGCUUGCGAGCGAAGCCACAGCCGCUACGCGCUCAUCAGGAGCAGCUUGGCCAUCCGCGAAUUCCAGCUGCCUUUAUCGGCCAUGCAGCAGCUGCCGGGCGUCGAUGGCUCCACGGGCCGCGUGUUUUUGCGCUCCAUGGUGCAGCAGCUGGCGGAACGGCAACAUACUCAGGAGAGCUUGCAACAACUUCGUGCCAAGAACGACAUGGGCUACACCUCCUGCGGCCGCCGCAGCGAGCGCCAGUCGCGCAGGACAGCGACCCGUGUUGCUUCGAAGCUACGGCGCUCCGCCGUGCGGAUCAGACCGACGUGCCGUCGGCUGCGCCGAGGCGUGACGAGGAUCCUUCGCUACCCAGGAGCCUUCGGAGGAAUUGGUUCAAAAGGUAAGCUCUUCCUCCCUCUUUCGGCUGAGCCAGACCAGAGCUUCGCCCAAAAAAGGAGCGCCGAGGCGUUUGCUGGGCUUCCUUUGCGCACUGUGCGCUGCCGUGUCCUUUGGGAUCCAGUGGGGGAGCCCGAGAAGGAAGGUAAAAGGAGGUAUGUGCCGGUGAAGAAGUACGAGAUCUUCGAUGGUGUGACCUUUCAGUGGUUCAUGUGCGGCGGGAUCUUGAUGGCGGGUUUCUGCUCUUCCGUCAUCUUUGGUAACUUCGGCAUGUCGGAGGAGAAGGAUGCCAUGCUCAUCGUCUACGGCGGCGCGCUGUGGGCGCUGGCGAACUACUUGGUGCUGCCUCUGGUGAAGUUGUUGGGCAUCGGUUUGGGUUUUUCGCUUUACCACUUCGUGAACUUGGUCGUUGGCUAUGGCAUCGGCCGGUUUGGUAUCUUCAACAUGGAGAAGUUGACCGGAAAUGUGGAGGCCACGGGUCGUUGGAUGACGGCCUUUUCUCAGCCACGGUCGUGGGAGUCCAGACGAGCAGACGAGCACGAAGUCUUGGUCUCCUUUGUCAUCAUGGUCUUCGUCGAGGAAGCGGGCGACAAACAGCAGGACCUGUCCGACCGGCAAGGCCUGGCGGAGUCCACCCAAGACGAGCUGACGGAGGGUGGACGUUCAGAGCAGCAGAGCAACCAGGACUUCCGAGAAAAGUACACGCGCUGGCGCGAAGAUCACGUGGCCCCCGCGCGGCGGCACUCGGUGAUCGAGGCCGCUGGUACCGUACUGGUCUCGUAUUCCACCGGUGAGACAGGCGGCCAAUUGAAGUCCGUGGGCGGCUUCUCAGUCGCCCAGCCGCCACGGCUGGUGGCGCACAGGCCCGAGGAGCCGAGCUCCGAGGCGAUGCCCAGUGAUCUGGAGGCGGCAGGCGACUUAGAGGCCCCAUCUCCAGGCGCUGCAUCUCGAGCGUCAAGAGGAGAAGCGGUCCAAAGCUUCCUCCAAGUGGCGGAGGCGUCGGCGGAGCCGAACACGGCAGCAGGCCGUGUCGGGCGCAAAGCCGUGGGGGUUCUGCUGGCGUUGUUGGCUGGCACCUUGACCGGUGUCCAGAGCCGCUCGGAGCAUGGUGGGGCCAUGCGGCCGCAUACAUGGUGGGGCCGUAUGGGGCCGGGAAUGAAGGAUGAUGCGGGCCCCGCAGCGGGUUUUCCCGCAGAGCGGAACCCCGCAGCUCCGGAGCCCUUCGCCUCGCAGCGCUUUGAGGUUCGACGUCGCCCCGCUGCGCGCCGAAAGCUGGCGGAAGGCUUGGAGGCGCGGGGUCCACCGUUGGCGAAGGUCUACGGUCUCAUAGACUUGAUACACACCCUCAUGUUCGUCUUCGGUCUCACUGACGCGUGA